AUGGGGAGGGUGGACAAGUAUAAGGCUCGGCUCGUCGCGAAGGGAUAUUGCCAACAAUAUGGAGUGGAUUAUUCUGAAGUAUUUGCACCAGUGGCACGAAUGGAUACAAUUCGAGUAGUUAUUUCUAUUGCUGCACAAAGAAGUUGGAAGAUUUAUCAACUCGACGUCAAAGCAGCUUUCUUGCAUGGAGAGAUCAAUGAAGAAGUUUUCGUUGAGCAACCACUUGGAUAUGUACAGAAAGGAAGCGAAGGCAAGGUUUAUCGUCUCAAGAAGGCACUAUACGGGCUCAAGCAGGCUCCACGAGCAUGGUACAGUCGAAUAGAGGCAUAUUUUAUCAAGGAGGGCUUCAGCAAAUGUCCCUUUGAGCACACAUUGUUUAUCAAGACAGCCAAAGCAGGUAAAAUUUUGAUUGUAUGCCUAUAUGUUGAUGAUCUCAUAUUCACUGGGAAUGAUGAGGUGAUGUUUGAGCAAUUUAAGAGAUCCAUGAUGCUAGAAUUUGAUAUGACUGAUCUCGGAAAUAUGAGAUACUUUCUUGGCAUUGAAGUAAUACAGAAACCAGAUGGUAUAUUUAUGUGUCAACGUAAGUAUGCACAAGAAGUGUUAGACAGGUUCAACAUGGGUCAGUGUAACUCAGUGCAUAACCCUAUGGUUCCUGGAUUCAAACUCACUCGUGAUGAAGGGGGAGCCAAAGUAGACAGCACGCUCUAUAAGCAAAUGGUUGGGAGUCUUAUGUACUUAACAGCUACACGACCUGAUCUUAUGUACACUAAGGGAGGAGAUGGAGAGCUCAUUGGCUAUACGGAUAGUGACUAUGCUGGUGAUCAAGAUGACAGAAAGAGUACUUCAGGCUAUGUAUUUAUGAUGAAUUCAGGAGCAGUAUCAUGGUCAUCGAAGAAGCAACCAGUGGUCACUCUCUCUACUACUGAAGCAGAAUUCAUUGCUGCUGCUUCAAGUACGUGUCAAGUGGUGUGGUUAAGAAGAAUUUUGAGUUGCUUGAAUUUGAGGCAAACUGGUCCAACAGUGGUUUAUUGUGAUAACGUCUCAACCAUUAAGCUUUCAAAGAAUCCAGUAAUGCACGGUCGUAGUAAGCAUAUAGAUGUAAGGUUUCAUUUUCUUCGAAAUCUUGUUAAAGAUGAAGUAGUGGAGCUGCUGCAGUGUUCUACUCAGGAGCAGAUUGCAGAUGUAAUGACGAAGCCACUGAAACUUGAAGUUUUUCAGAAGCUGCGAGACUUGAUGGGUGUACGUAAAUGGCCUGGAAUAAACUGA